AUGACACAACACGCGCAGCUCCACACACACCGCAGUGCAUCCACCGAUUUAUCUGGUGGCGCGCUUUGCUUGUCAAAGGUCGUGUGUCACGGGACCAUGUUCACCAAGACCGGCCUGAGACCGCGCGAGAUUCAAGGCCGCGGCGCCAACAAGACCAACGCCGCCUCCGCCGACGGCCACCACGACGGCGCGUCCACAAGCCUGGGGCCGCCGCUCCCGGGAAGCUGGAAGAAACUCCCGCCCAUAACGGCCACCGGCCGCAACGGCGAUUCUUACGGCAGUGGCCUCUCCGCCACGCGCCGCGCGGAGCAUCCGGCAACAGGGGCAAAGUUUGAGCCUGCCGCGGGAGUUGUUGGUAGGAGGGGCACCGCCAGGCCUGGCCGCUCGGCGCCGUCAUCCGCUCGGGGGCGGGGGGGGAGGGGCGUGGAAUCGACGGCACGAAAGAAGGUGCGGGCUCGAGGCUGGAGCACGGGUCGCCAGGUCGAGAGCUUCAGGCGCGGCGGUGGCGGCGGCGGCCGAAGCCGGUCGGCCGGUAGGAGGGCGGGGGGUUCCGCGUCCGCCGCCGUACCCGCCCGACGCCCGACGACUCGCAAGAGACCGGAGUGGGACGACAGCCUGAAGGACCCGUCGCAGUACCGGCUCACCCCGGAGGAGGCCUUGAGGCGCAAGGUCGCUCUUGUCUCGAAGCACAACACGCUUGUGUUUGGGCUCGGCGGCAGCGGCAGCGGCAGUGGCAGCGGCAGCGGCAGCAGCGGCGGCAGCAACGGGUCUUCUCCGGAGAAAGCGACGUCGGGUCCGCCUUCGAGCGUGGUUGUAGCAACUGACGUGAUCCGAGGGCGCAGCGCGAAACAACAGCAGCAGGAGCAGGGGCAAGAAUCGCGCAAGAGUCGUGCCGGUAGCGCGGUGUCCGCUGACGAGAAGCGCCACCCGUCUCGGCAACAACUCCGACACUGCCGCAGCGCCAGCAGCGUCUUGACCAUCUACGGCGGUGGCAGCGGCGGCAGCGGCGGCGGUGGCGGCGGCCGAAAGCUAAGAGAGGCUGCCGUAGUACCCUCCGUCCCGGCCACCCCCGACGCUGAUCUAACAGCGGCGGGCAUCGAAGAAGGAGGCGAGCUCGCUGAGGGUGUUGGAAUGGACGACGUGACCAUCACUGUAUAUGCGGGAGGCGGGAGCGGCGGCGGCGAUGACGGCGGUGAAGGCGGCGACGACGAGAGCACUCGCGCUGCCGCCGCCGCUGCUAACCAAGGCCGUGCCACACCCAGCAGCAGCGACGGCAACAACCCGGGUGACGGAGGGGGAGGCGGCGGCAGCGGGUCGGACGACGGCGGCGGCCAGGUGGAAUCGACCCUUGGCUUGGGCCGGGGCGGAGGCAAGGGCGGUGGUUGUCGCCGACGGGUCGGCGGAGCCGAAACGGGCCUGGCCGGCAUCAAGGCGGGCCUUCGGGCCUUCAGCGAGAGAGUCGGGCGCCUGGAGACCUUCGGCAGAGCGGGCCCAGAGCAGAGGAGCACGGCAGGGGAGGGGCAGCCGGAGGGGGGUCGGGCAGGCGAGGACGACGACCAGCCUGAAGACGUUUCGGCGGGUCUUGCGGGAGGAGCAGAAGCAGCAGCGACCUCGGGCGAGCGAACGUGCCGGAGCCCUGGCCGCCGCCACGAGGCCGCCGCCCACGACAACGACCACGUUUCCGCCGACACCGGGCUCGACGUGGGCAAGGAACGCGACCCUCUCAACCACGCCAAUCCUUGGGAGUACCACCGCGCGGGGCCUCCCCCCUCCUCAUCGUUGCCCUUCCACAAGCAGGGCGGUAGGGAUGGGCUCGAUCUGGCGGAACGAAUCCAUCUCCUGGAAGCUCAGGUUUUCCCGGCGAGUUCGCCACCUCCACCACCACCCCCAGUCGCCGUCACCGCGGCCGUGGAGACCGGUGCAGCAGUUUCCAACCCAACCAAGAAGGCGUUUUCCCGCAACGACGGUGUCAGGAGAGCGGCCGUCGUCCAGCAGGGAGAACGGCCGCGGGCGGCGGCGGUGCGGGGGGGGGACGCGCGGCGAGGAACGGAGCCAUCGGCGAGGGAGGAGCGCAUGAGGGCGAUUAUCGGCGACCUGACGUCUUUGUCGUCCGUCCUCCUGGAGCGCUUGAUCACGGCCGAGGGCCGCCUUCGGAACGCUGCCGCCGCGGGCGGCGGCGGCUUCCACGGCAACGACGGCGGGCGUGUCGGCGGUGUCGGCGGCGGCGGCGGCGGCGGCACGGAUGUGUUUUGCCAGAAGGCGCGCCUGAUGGUAGCGCAGGCGGAGGCGUUCUUGGUUCUGGCAAGCGCCGGCGACGACGCGGCAACGGCACCACCACGGGCGCCGACGACUACGACGACGGAGGAGCAGCAGGAAGGAGAAAAAGCAGUCGCUGCUUCUUCUGGCGCCGCCUCUACCGGCACCACCGCUGCCGCUCUUGCGCUUCCGGAGGGAGGAGCGGCAGCACCGCUACGCUCCGGACAGAGUACAGUUGUUCCAGCGCUGCUUCCUCCUCCUCCUCCGCGGCAGGCGAAGCCGCCUGGCGCAGCAGGAGCUCCGGCCAGGCCUUCUUCUCCGCAACCGCCGCCGACGUCGGCAGCAGUGGCCGCGAUGCCGCUCUCCGGCCGUGCCAACGGGGGGGAGAGCCCGCUCGCGAUUCGGCGGCGGCGGCGGUCGCCGCCGCCGCCGCUCGGCGCCGCAACAACAAGCGUUCCGCGGGCUCGUGCUCCCCCAUGGGAAACCCCGCGGCAGCAGGCCCCGCCGGUGCCGACAUCGGGCGGCGACGUUACGCGGACGACGGCAGCGGCGGCGGCCGAGGCGGCGGAGGCUAUCCUCGACGACGACUACAGCGGCGACGCGGCGGCCGGGGCUGCGGUCUUCUCGCGACGGCCGGUCGAGGAGGAGGAGGAGGAUGUGCGUGCCGCCCUACCGGUGGCAUCCGCGCCGACCCCUUCCAAGAAACCGCGGCACCCCUUCGGGGGGCAAAGGAGCGGCUGCGGCGGCAGCAGCGCCAGCAGCCCGCCGAUGUGGUCGCCCAGGUGGAUCCGCGACCACGUCGGAAAUGCGCACGCGGAGGCCGCGCUUGGGUCGGGACCGUGGGACGGUUUCCUCCCUCCGUCUGCUUCUUCAUCUUCUUUUGGCCGCCGUGGCGUAGCCGCGAACGCAAGGGGGCACGGCGUUGGUGGCGGCGGCGGCGGCGGGAGAGACGAAGCGGAGAACUCGCCACCGCCACCGCCACCGCCGCCGCCGAUAGGACAGUGGUACACGCCCCCGCUCAACCCAGCUUGAUGGGGGUGAAGAACGUGCGCUCGCGCGCUCGCGCGCGUGCGCGUGCGCCCGUGGUUUCGUUUGGUGUCGUCUGCGCGGACUGACCGGCCUGCCCGUGGCUUGUUUGUAUGUUCGUUCGCCGUGAAUGGCGAUGGCGUUGCUGAGCGGUGGUGAUGGUUGUGUUCUGGGCGGAGAUUUUUGUAUUUUGCCGUGACAGUAACGCCACGGAUGGAGGGCACCUACCUCAAUCAAGGAGGAAUUUUUUUUUUCUACCGCGUCUCGGCUGUUCGGCGAUUGCUGUUUCGGGUGGGGUCUGUUUCGUUCGCCUUGUGAGGGAGAGCUCUUGUCCAAGUGUGUGAUAUGUUUAUGUUUGUGGUAACCCAAUGUGAACCUUUUUCGUGUUUGUUUGUGAGCGAACGAACGAACCGUGCGGUACCCCGUCGAUGCAUGGUUUUGGUGUGCGUGUGUGUGUGGCUCGAAGCUACGUCUACUGCUGCGAGUGAGGAGGAGUGCUCGCUUCGGCGUGUUUGGACGGACGUCAAAAGUAGUACGCGGUGUCCCGAGAUGUUUGUUUGGGGUGUGCCGGCUAAGUACUUACAUAGUGCCUCUCGUUACCGCUCGUAGAUUCAAUGCACGCGAGCGGCGAUUGUUGUUCCGUUUCUGAUUACAGGAGAAUUUUGUGGGUG